GGCACCGCCAGUCCGGGGGCGCUGUCGGCCGGGGUGGGGCCUCGACAACGCUGCGGAAGCCAACCGUUUACUCGUUGGCGGGUACACUGGAAGUAGUGUCCAAGCGUGUGUCGUCGUCGAUCGUACCUAACUGGCAUCGGAAGUUGUAAUCCCAAGUCGCCAAGGUUUACCUUCACUUCAGCCAGGCCAGUGCCAUGGCUCGACCAGCCCCGACAAACGCUGUUCGGCGGUCGCUCCCACCUCGGCUUCCGCUGCUGCUUCUGCUGGUGUUGUCGCUGCUUUUGAACACCGUUUCCGGCCGUCGUCAGCUGCCUGAGACGCUCCGAGAGCGGGAUGUGUUCUGCGAGACCUGCUACGCUGUCAGUACAGAAAUGUACGAGAUUGUCAAGACGACGUCCAAGGGCAGUCUGGAGCAGCGGAUAGACAAGGCACUGAGCCGGGUGUGCUCUGAACAGCGGCUCGGUCGGUACGCCUUCCCUGCCGACCGGCUCCGAGAGAGCUGCAAGGACCUCAUAGCCACAUUUGAAAACGAGUUGGGUCUGGGUCUGCUGGCUGCCUUCCAGCCAGGAAAGAAGCCGAAGUCGGCAGCCACCAUCAAGGAUAUUUGUGUGACCAGGAUGAAAGCCUGCAAGAAGAUCAACGCCAUCCCCAGUCUCAGACCGAAGAAGGAAUCAUCCCAAGCAUCCCAGCCGGAGUCUGCCUCCACAAGCACGUCCAAAAAAGAUCGACCCGACUCGCCGCCUGAAGCCGCCCCUGCGCAGUCGGCUGACCGUGACGUCACGGGCAGUGAAUCGGCUGAUCAGGGGUCAAGGUCACCAACGACCGAAGGGAAGGACGAACUAUGAAAGAUGACAGCUCGAUAAGAAAACGACGAGAUUAUGUAAAUGCACAUGCAGUUGGGUACUACAUAACCGUUUACUCGUAGAAGGUACUGCUUGUGAUUAUCCGAUCAUCAUGUUCCUAUGUAAUACAGUGUUUCCAUUUGUA